GCCACACUGGAUCAUAUUUUUCGCAAAAAGGUUUCCAUGCCUUAGACCCUAUCCCCGAGAAUUUGUGCCUUGUAUUUCCUUGUGGUUGUUUUAUCUCAUCACCGUGGCGCGAUAUUUUGUACACCGACUUAGGCGGCCUUGAGUGCGGGCACCACAUCACAUCUCACGAUCACAGCGCCAAUUGCAUUAUUACCUCGUCUCAAUCAACUCUUGCCUGACAACAAUGAACAUAGCUGGUCCACGUCCGGUGGUAGUUCAGGCUACGGGAUGGACACUAAUUGCCAUCGCGGCAGGUGCCAUCAUGGCUCGUCUGUAUCUCCGUCUCAAGAUCCAACGGAGGAGAUUAUUGGCUAGCGACAUGUUUAUCUGCGGCGCAUGGGUUGCCGGCGUCGCCAUCACGUCGUUGAACGUUCUCCUUCAGCAACUGGGAGCACUUGAACCCUCAGUAAAGACGAAUAUGGAGGGUUUUAAAGGCGACCCCGAGGACAUUCCCAAAAUUUUCAAGAUCUUCUGGUUGGGAAAUGUCCCUCUCUGGUCAGCUUUUUACCUCUCCCAGGCGGCACUCCUUUCUAUGUACUUGCAAAUAUUCCCAAAAUUCAUGGUAAAACGGAGAAUCUUCCUAUGGGCAACGAUUGCCUAUGUCGUCACGGCCUACGUAGCUAGCAUCUUGAUGUUAUUUCUCAUCUGCAUUCCAGUUGAGAAGAACUGGGACAUGGACCCCCACUCAACAUGCCCACCUGUUCGAGGCUACAACGUCUUUCUGGUGGGCUGGGCCUUGCACCUCGUUGGAGAUCUCUUGGUAUUUACUCUACCAUGGCUCGUCGUGACGGGGCUGAACUUGAGAAUGACCCUCAAGAUCGGGGUGUACUGCACAUUCCUCCUUGGUCUCAUCAAUAUUGUGUUUGACGUCUUGCGCUUUGUCCCAAUUCAGGCGUCACAGGUCGGUAAUUCGGCGUCCAUCAGUUUAAUUGCGCUGUGGGGCAUUCUCGACGUCAACAUCGGGAUCGUUAUUGCUUGUUUGCCGGCUUUACGACCGUACUUUAACAAUUCAGAGUCCAGUCAAAGAGGCAGCUCAAACAGCGAGGCCAAGUCGUGGGGCUCAUCAGUGCCACCAGGGGCCGUACGGACCGUCGGGUGUGUUGGAUCAAACCCCCGGCAUAACACGAAUGGGCCUGAAGAUAACUGGGAUGGCAAGAGGAAGAGCAAUGGGAGCGAAGUUGAGUUGUUCCAGAGAAAUUCGGGAGCGGCCGAGAUUGCGUGACAGGCAAAAGCUAGUGGUGAGGUACAGACACGUCUCACGGCUACCUAGGUCCGUAAGAUGAGGCUAAUGAUACCGGAAUAGGUAGGUAGGUAGAAAAAAGUAGGCACGUCAACACAUACAAGGAA